GUCGUCUCAUAUAAAGCAUCAAUAUCUGAAAGACUUAUAGGUGAGAGGUGCUUAUUUGAAAGUCGCUGAGCUGAACUUUGAUGAUCCAUGGAGGCAAGCGGUGCAUCGGGCUGACCUGAUGCUCCUGACAUGGAGAAGAAAAACAAGAGAUGAUAAAGGUCCUGGCCACCCUGAUGAUGGGAAAGCACCUGCUGCUCUUGCUGGGCCUGGCUUUGCUGUCAGGCUUCCUGCAAGCUCUGACCUGUAUCCAUUGCAAUCGCACAAGUGUUGAUGGGAUUUGCCAGACUCGGAAAAGCUCCUGCCAGACUUAUGGAUCCCAGCAGUGCUACCUACGGAAGGUCUAUGAAGAUGGCAUCUUCCAGUAUGCAAGGCAGGGCUGUAGUGACCUGUGCUUUCCCAUGAUCCCCAUGAAUGAAAGAACUAGAGUGGAGUUUAUAUGCUGUGACAAUGAGCCAUUCUGUAACAGACUCUGAAAGGCCCGACCUUCUCUGCCCCCUCCUGUGUCCACCAAGCUUUGCCCCCCACUGCAGCCUUUCUCUGUCUUCCCGCAGCCCCAGCCUAGGGCUCCUUCCCCAGCACAGCCUGAGCCCUGACACUGCCUGCCCUCAGCAUCAGGCCUUGCCCUGUCCACAGCUCCUCCCAGCUGGGCAGAUGUGCUCUUUAUCCCUGUCCUCAUCCUCGAUCUUUCACUGGCACACAGUAAACUCUCUUCUCCAUCUUCAGUUCUUUCUUCUUCUUUUCACAAAUAUUUUACAAAUAUUUUCUGAUUCCUAAUCGCUGAAAUGUGGCUCUGAGUGUGCAGAAGCGAACACCACGUCUGCCUCCUGCCCUCAGUGGACCUUCAGUCCUGCAGAGGACAAAGGCUUCAGACUGUAGCCUCCAUCCUAUUCCUGGCCUGGAACCUCCGGCCUGGGCCGUGUUCAGCACCACCAGCCCUGCAUGAGGAUUUGCAAGGGCACAGACAGUGUGAUUCCUUCGUGUAUUGGACAUAGCCCAGUGUGGAGCCUUUGCACUAAUAAAUACCAUGUGUCCUUGA